AAAGAGUUCCAUGAGUUUGUUUUCAUUUUGGUUAAUUUUAUUUGUUUUUUGACGGUGCUGAUAAUUUUUUCAUUUAUUUUAUUAAAUAAGUUUGUGUAACUUAAUUCGCCGACUUUGAAUAUUUGUUAUUGAUGUAUUGUGUAAUGUUUUUUUAAAUUUUAUAAAUUAGACUCUUAACAAUUAGGUAAUUUUUAUUAACCUUCGAAAUUAAGAACGUUAAGAUUUAGAACUCACGCGGGAUUUUCUAAAACAAUCGACAUGACUACACUUUUGGAUCGUUUACAAGAGCAUCUUGUGAAAAAGCGGCAAGGAUUAAAUGAUGUGGAUGAAACAUUAAAGAAAAUUACAGGCCGAGAUACUUUUGAUGACAACCCUAACCAUGGUAAGUAUAAUAAACGACCACAAAUAGGUGGAGAUCAAAAACAAAUUCACGAUCCAUUAAAAAAGAAUAUUAAAAGACUACAAGACCAUAAACCUCAUUACAAAAAUGGAAAUUUGAAUCGUAAAGUUUUUAUAAAUUCUAAUGAACCUCCCAAAAAUUUCAAGAAUGGUUUAAACGCUGGUAGGGUAUCGGCAAAAGAUAGAUUAGGAACUAUUGUCAAAGAAGAACAUCCGAAAUUUCAAGAGGAGGAAUAUGAGGAGGAGGAGGAAGAAGAAGAGUCGACUGCCCCUAAGAAAACCCUCCAAUCUCAGGUUAUGUUAUCUUCAAAAAUAAUGAAAUCUCGAACAGAAGUACUAGCUGCCCAACAAGGUGAUCAAGUCACAAAAGAGCGAAAUAGGCGUAUGUUUGGUUCUUUAUUAGGUACUUUACAACGGUUUAAGAAAGAAGAAACCCAAUUAAAAGAUAAGGAAGAUAAAAAAGCAAAAAUUGAGAAAAGAUUAGAAGAAGAAGCUAUAAAAGAAAAGGAAUCUUUAGUAUUAAAAAAGCGGGAACUGUUUAUGCAACGUAAACAACAAAAAAGAGAUAUAAAAAACAUUGAAAUCAAAAUGGGUUUGGUAAGAAAUUUUGAAGUAUUUGAACGUCAGAUUAACUGUACAAUGAAUUUCAUUAAAACUGAGUUUGAUCCGUCAGUAUUUUACUUACCAAAAGUCCACAAUGAAAAGACUGAGCAAAAGUUAGAAAAGACACGUACAUAUUUAAGCAAUAUAUUAUCAAAAAAGCGAAAAAUGGUUGAAAGCCAAAUAGAAAAAUUAUUACAACCUAAUGAUGAAGAAAUGGAAUAUGAAGAUAAAGUAGGAGACGGAGAAAAUAGAGCAGUAGAAGAAGAAGAGGAAGAGGAAGAAGAUGCCGAGGCUGAUGUUGAUGUUUAUGAAACACAUCAGGAUAAUGGAAAAUUUAAUUAUGACUAAAAUUUAAAACUACUUUAACAUAUGAAAAUUAACCAAAUGAUUGUAAAUAUUUAUUGUGGACAUGUAUAAAAUGAUUUUGAAUUCUGUACUUCAAUCAUUAUUAAUUUUAAUAACAAAAUAAAUAUAAAUUUGAGCCAAACUCAUUUGUGCUAUACUACACGUUUAUGAAAAUUACAUUUACUUAUUGUGGUAUUUAGUAAAAAUCUUCAACUAAAUUGAUUUAAAGUAGUUUGUAAUUAUUUUUCUUUGUUAGUCAUUGAGUUUGUUUUAAACAUAAGGGAAGGAAAUAUGAGUGUUGUAUUUUUUGUAUUUACUAUAACUUAAGUCUUAAACUUUAUCAUACUUUACUUAUUUUUGUAAGCACCUUGAGUUUGUAUAAAUUAAACAUCAUAAUAUUAUGUAAUUCAUAUAUAAUUUAUUAUUAUUACAAUAUAUUAAUCUAAUUGAACCCUUUAAAAUGAUAAUUUUUAGCAAGUAAAAUUAUUUAUGUAUAGUUUGUGAAUUGUGCAAAUUACAGUGUGUAAAUAUACACUUUAUUAAAGUAAUGUUUAGCUAAUUAUAACCUAUAAUAUGUGGCAUAACAUAAUUUUAAGCAAUUUGUGCAUUACCUAAAACAAUUUACGGUUUCAGUUAAAGACCAAAACAAUUAUAUACAAAUAAUAAUUUGA